AUUCGCAGCCGCCUGCAAUUCGUUCAUCGAACAAAGCAGCACGACACCACCCUGCAGCUCGACAUCAUCCCCGCCGAGCCUCCAUAACCCAUCGCACCUUCUUCCAGGUUCAUCCGUUAUCCUCCAUAUCCCAUCACGAUGUCUGACUACGGCGACGACGACCACGAGCCUCUCAACGAUGAGCCGGCCUUCGACGACGACGUAGACGAGUACUACGAGCCGGAGCCCGAGCCGGCGGACGAGGACGAGGCGGCGCGCGCGCCCGAGCAAGAGGGCGAGGCUGCCGACAGCGGCGAAGACCACCGUAACGGCGGCGCCGGCAACGUGGUCGUGUCGGGCGACCCCAAUGCGGCGGCCAACUCGGGCCGGGGCAGCGACAAGUCGCACAAGGACAAGAAGAUCCCCAACGACCAGCGCACGACCACGCCGUUCAUGACCAAAUACGAGAAGGCGCGCAUCCUGGGGACGCGCGCGCUGCAGAUUAGCAUGAACGCGCCUGUCUUGGUCGACCUCGAGGGCGAGACCGACCCGCUGCAGAUUGCCAUCAAGGAGCUGAGGGAGAAGAAGAUCCCCCUGAUUGUGCGCCGGUACCUGCCGGAUGGAUACUACGAGGAUUGGACGUGUGAGGAGCUGCUGCAAUGAGAAGGACUGGGCGUGAUGGAAAGUCAGAAAACCGAGAUUGCAUUAGCGAAGGCGUUGGGGUAUUGCUUGCUUGCUUUUUGGGAAUUCGACAACGAUCGUAUGCCAGGAGAGCCGUUGGGAAACUGCUUCGCUCCCCCCUCUGUGCCUCCUCGUCGGGAGAAGAUGAAGGGCUCGCUUGACGCAGACCCGGCCCUCUGGUAGUGACGAAUUAAAUCACAUCAGAUCACUUGCUCAAUGGGAGGCUUGCGAAACUGAUCUGGCACCUUACCUUCGACCGCUUGAAUCAUCUACACCGGUCAAUUUCCAAGAUCAGUCUGCCCGACUGGCGGACUCAGGA